AUGUCCAGUUCACCUCCACCUAAUACUCCACUUCUGCCUACUGCUCCACCUCUGCCUAAUGCUCCACCUCCACCUACCGCUCCAUCUACAUCUAAUGCUCCACCUCCACCUACCGCUACACCUCUGCCUAAUGCUCCACCUCCACCUACUGCUCCACCUCCGUCUAAUGCUCCACCUCCACCUACCGCUCCACCUCCGUCUAAUGCUCCACCUCCGCCCACCGCUCCACCUCUGCCUAAUGCUCCACCUCCACCUACCGCUCCAUCUACAUCUAAUGCUCCACCUCCACCUACCGCUACACCUCUACCUAAUGCUCCACCUCCACCUACCGCUACACCUCCGUCUAAUGCUCCACCUCCGCCUAAUGCUCCACCUCCACUUACCGCUCCACCUCCAUCUAAUGCUCCACCUCCGCCUACCGCUCCACCUCCACCUAAUGCUCCACCUCCGCCUACAGUUCCACCUCCACCUAAUACUCCACUUCUGCCUACUGCUCCACCUCCACCUACCGCUCCAACUACAUCUAAUGCUCCACCUCCGCCUACCGCUCCACCUCCGCCUAAUGCUCCACCUCCGCCUACCGCUCCACCUCCGCCUAAUGCUCCACCUCCGCCUACUGCUCCACCUCUGCCUAAUGCUCCACCUCCGCCUACAGUUCCACCUCCACCUAGUACUUCACUUCUGCCUACUGCUCCACCUCUGCCUAAUGCUCCACCUCCACCUACCGCUCCACCUACAUCUAAUGAUCCACCUCCACCUACCGCUCCACCUCCGUCUAAUGCUCCACCUCCGGCUAAUGCUCCACCUCCAUCUAAUGCUCCACCUCCAGCUAAUGCUCCACCUCCGCCUACAGUUCCACCUCCACCUAAUACUCCACUUCUGCCUACUGCUCCACCUCUGCCUAAUGCUCCACCUCCACCUACCGCUCCAACUACAUCUAAUGCUCCACCUCCACCUACCGCUCCACCUACAUCUAAUGCUUCACCUCCGCCUACCGCUCCACCUCCGCCUACCGCUCCACCUCCGCCUAAUGAUCCACCUCCACCUACCGCUACACCUCCGUCUAAUGCUCCACCUCCGCCUACCGCUCCACCUGCGCCUAAUGCUCCACCUCCGUCUACUGUUCCACCUCCACCUAAUACUCCACUUCUGCCUACUGCUCCACCUCCGCCUACCGCUCCACCUGCGCCUAAUGCUCCACCUCCGUCUACUGUUCCACCUCCACCUAAUACUCCACUUCUGCCUACUGCUCCACCUCUGCCUAAUGCUCCACCUCCACCUACCGCUCCAACUACAUCUAAUGCUCCACCUCCACCUACCGCUCCACCUACAUCUAAUGCUUCACCUCCGCCUACCGCUCCACCUCCGCCUACCGCUCCACCUCCGCCUAAUGAUCCACCUCCACCUACCGCUACACCUCCGUCUAAUGCUCCACCUCCGCCUACCGCUCCACCUGCGCCUAAUGCUCCACCUCCGUCUACUGCUCCACCUCCGUCUAAUGCUCCACCUCCGCCUACCGCUCCACCUCCGUCUAAUGCUCCACCUCUGGCUACCAUCUUUGGGUGGGUUACUCACUAUCCCUCAGAUACUUACUGUCCUGCUAAAACGUAG